AACGUUGAAACAAGAAUCUUCCGCCUUUGGUAUUCGCGUCUCGCUCAAGCCUCGCGAUGUUUCCCUACGAGGGCGCAAAGUGGCGACGAGAUCUGGUGUGGGACUGGAGAGUGGCGAUAGUUGGUGCCGAAGAAGAGGCAUCGCAGGCGGGCAGAAGCAAGAGCCGAGCUGGGGGGCGUGUGAGAGCAAACGUGGUGGGUGCUUAAUCCCCACCAAAACAGUAUCACAAACACGGCGUGAAUGAGACAGGCAAGCUGGCGGACUUCAACAUGGCAUCCGGAGAUACGCUGUACAUAGCGACAGACGGCUCGGAGAUGCCGGCCGAGAUCGUGGAGCUCCACGAGAUAGAGGUGGAGACCAUACCGGUGGAGACCAUUGAGACCACGGUGGUCGGCGGCGACGACGACGACGACGACGACGACGAUGAUGAUGAGGAGGAGGAGGAGGACGAAGACGACGAUGAACAGCCCAUGAUUGCGCUUCAGCCGCUGGACAACCACAGCUCUAUCCACCAUCACCACCCGGAGGUGAUCCUGGUUCAGACCCGGGAGGAGGUGGUCGGCGGGGAUGAUUGCGAUCUGCACACGGAUGACGGCGGCGGGGGAUUCGAAGACCAGAUCCUCAUCCCGGUGCCGGCCCCCGGGGUGGAGGACGAGUACAUCGAGCAGACUUUGGUGACUGUUGCUGGGAAGAGCUCCGUGGGUAGAGUGAAGCGGGGAGGCGGUGGGAAGAAAGCGGGCAAAAAGAGCUAUUUGAGUGGCUCGGAGGCCGGAGCGAGGAAAUGGGAACAGAAGCAGGUGCAGAUAAAGACACUGGAGGGGGAAUUCUCGGUGACGAUGUGGGCGUCGGAUGACAAUAAAGACAUCGACCACGAGUCGGUGGUGGAGGAGCAGAUUGUCGGGGAGAAUUCCCCCCCAGAUUACUCGGAGUACAUGACUGGGAAGAAACUGCCCCCUGGUGGCAUCCCGGGCAUUGACCUUUCCGACCCCAAGCAACUGGCUGAAUUUGCCAGGAUGAAGCCCAGGAAAGUCAAAGAAGACGAUGCUCCACGGACGAUAGCUUGUCCUCAUAAAGGCUGCACAAAGAUGUUCAGGGACAACUCGGCCAUGAGGAAGCAUCUCCACACCCACGGGCCCCGCGUGCACGUCUGUGCAGAGUGUGGCAAGGCCUUCGUGGAGAGCUCUAAGCUCAAACGCCACCAGCUUGUCCACACGGGGGAGAAACCCUUCCAGUGCACCUUCGAAGGCUGCGGCAAGCGCUUCUCCCUGGACUUCAACCUGCGCACGCACGUCCGCAUCCACACGGGCGACCGGCCGUACGUGUGCCCCUUCGACGGCUGCAAUAAGAAAUUCGCCCAGUCGACCAACCUCAAGUCUCACAUCCUCACACACGCCAAAGCCAAGAAUAACCAAUGAGGCGGCCGCGGGGUGCGGCCGCGGGGUACGCCCACAGGGACGCGUCCUCACGGAAUGACAAGACUUUUAUUCUAUGACUAAAACAACACCUGACAGACUUUUUCCAGAGAAAAAAAAGACACUGAGUGUGCUCUCCUGCAUCUCGUCGCUUUGGCUGUCAUUUCCAAUCAGAAACACGGUGACGACAAACCCCCUUCCCACUCUCCAAAAGGCCCGAUGCGGUCCCUCCAGGCCCCCCUAGAUUGCUCAAGACCGAGCCCAGGGAGAAAAACAUCAGAGACUUAUUUUUACCAGAGCGAGCAGCGAGGCGCAUAUCUACUGUUUGUUGUUUUCAUGGAGUCACAUGGCUUUUAUUUGCCUUUCAGGUGUGCAUAUUGUACGCCUUUGUUUCACCACCAAGCUGUAAUGUUUGCAUCCGCACACUAAUCCAUGCUAACCACACAAUAACCUCCUGUACUUGUAUCAUAUGGCUGUAUUGGACUUGCAUAGACAUUUAGAGGUGGGAUUAGAUUUUUUUUUUUUUUUUUUUUUUUUUUUUCGUGUUU